GUACGUUCGAUGCGGACGCGGCCCGCGACUUGCUGCUCCUCUUGUCGCCUGAGGGAUACCGUUACGUCGUCGAGGGAAAACUGGUAUCGGCGACGCGAAGAAAGGCGAAGGAAAGAGAAAAAGAAAAAAAAUCCCCAUUGAGAAAGUAAGCGAGUGACGAGGCCGUUAACAUUGUGACAUGUCCAUUCUAGACGAGCGCGAGGAGUACCUGAAGAAUCCGUAUUUCAAGGAGCACGAGUACGGCGACUUUACGCCGUUCUAUGCGACAAUUGCGUUCUGCACCGUUCUAGGCGGAUUCCUGUUCAUCCUGAACAUCGUGUUCUGUUGGUGCUCGCGGCACCGUGAAUACUGGCAGAAUCGUCACACUGGCAAUAGGUGGAUCCAGCCUCUAUGGACUGUAUUACCACACAAAACUCCGCCGCUUGAUCUUAGUGAGUUAGAAUCCGGCAGCAUCAAGUAUCCUCAAGUGAGGCACGAGAUUGUUCAUUAUCACGAUUCAGAGCGAUCUCAGGGUGCCACACCGCAGCCACAGGAGUACAUGGAGUUGCAGCAACAAAAGCGCGAGAGUGAGAUCUGAAAGUAGCCUGGCCAGCAACAACAAACGAACAGUGUUGGAAGAGAACAGUAGUAACCACCCACGCUGAAGGAUACAUUCUUAAAGUCGAGAGUUUAAUUGAGUCCAAUAGAGUUUAAUUAGCCCUUUCGCACUCGCAGUUAACGGCACUGUAAAGCCUCCAGCAGUUGAAACUCUCACCACCAACAUUGUUUUUGUAGGCACACUGCCCUGCUUUUACCUACAUUAAGAAUAAUUUUUUUUAUUUACGUGAGUUUGUAUAUAAUCAAGUCAUUUGCAUAAUCAAAAUUUUGAUUGAAACACCAUAGAGCAACUUGCCCCAUAAGUUGUUCAGAAUAAUUUUACAGUUGCACGCAACGCUAGUUACAAAUAGGCGUUAAUA